UUCUUACUGUAGAAGCUUUAGAAAUUGUUUCAAGAACUUUUUUAUUUUCUGUUCUCUGUGUAAAUAAUAUUUAGAUAUUGAAAGAGUAUAAAUAAUAAAUAUUUCAAACUUUUAGAUCAUAAUUUCGAUUUUUUCCUGUUUUUAGACUUGUGCGUGUGUGUAGAUCAUUUGUUGCUCUUCUUUUUUUAACCCCGCGAAUUCGAACAUAAUGAUGAACCCGAUAGUUUUGAAUGCUCAUCAGUCGAUAUUUCCUCAGUUGAUCUUCGAUCACUUCAGUAGGAAUGUCGUCAUCCUCUUUUAUUUCUUCAAUCCCUACUAAUCACACAAUAUUCGCUACUCCUGCUUCUAAGAAAUACUCAGUACCGAAUGCGGAGCACAGCUAUUUUUAUAUUCCCCCGUGCAAAUCUGUUGUUAGUUCUGAAAAGCCGCUAACAGUAUUUAUGAAGCGAGAUGUCAUUGAUGGUUUAGAGAUGGAAUGGAUUGAACACUCGCCACGAGUAGUUCUUCUUUAUGCAUUUGCUGCAAUUCUGACUAUUGGAUACUAUGCAGGAUCUUUCGUUUUUCAGUAUGGAAACUAUACCCCAAGGAAGAAAAACAAUAUUUUUGAUGAAGCUUUUCUGACUCGUGUCGUGAUUGUGCAAUGGCUGAUACUUCUCGCUAUACUGUUUUCCGGAGUAUUUCUCUACCGCCGUCUCUUCAUGCCACUCUACAUUUUCCUUGCAGUCAUGGCCACAAACGGAACUCUCGUACUUUUUAUGCUCAAAGUGAAGCAGCUAGUUGAUGCACGGAUAAACAUCAUGGACAUCUCGUUGAAUAUGCUCGGCCUUCUACUAUUCUGCGCAGUUUUACACGAUAUUGUCUAUUUCUACGCAAUCCAUUUGAAGUUGGUUGAGUCACGUCCCGUCCUUGUUCCUGGCUUCCGCGUAUACGAUGCAACAAUGCCGAAUCACUAUUCGACUAUUCAUUCAACUCGGAUGGCACCAAACAAGAAUGCUUCAUGUGAAACCGUAGAUAUAGUAUAAGAGAUUAUUAAUUCAUCCUUAAUAGCAUAUUAUCCCUAUUCAUAACUUAUUCUAUUGCUCCAAUGAUUGUUGAUAAGCUCGGUCCUAUAAUAUAUUCUCCUAACGUUGAAUUCAUAUCCAAAGCCUAUUGUGAUUUCGAUUUAAAAUCGACUAUUCAUUUAUUUCAAGAAUAACUUGUACUUGCUUGAUUUAUUAACAGGAUUAUCUAUAUAAUUUAAUAAAUUCAGUCACGCUCUU